CAGGUCCGAGGCUUGCAGCACAGCGGUUGCUGUGCUUAGCCACAGCUUUUGCUGCCCUCCUCGCUGUCAGUAUGUGUACAGAGGAGAGUGUGGAUGAGGAGCUGGCAAACGCCACUCUUGAAAAGGCAGGAGGAACAAAUGGGUUUAUUAGAGCAAAAUAACAAAAGUUGUGUCCAGAUUGCAUCAUCAGUGACUAAACCUCCCAGGUUUUACAGCCCGGCACUUACAGGCUCAGUUCUGGGCCAUACAGUGUCUCUAGAUGCUGAGCUGCUUUGAAGUGUUUCUGGUUCCUUUAUUUCCCUGCUAUGUUAAGUUGCUCGCAGUGGUUUGAACUUCAGAAGCACUCACCGUGAAGACUUCUUAGGAAGGUUCUGACCGCAGAUGGAAUCCAGGUUUGUUUCUCUCUCCUGCUGCUCCAAGGGCAGUUGCAACAGGACUCAUGAGACUUGAACUGGAUUGGUGCAGAGCAGCCACCCCUUGCUGUCAGUGACGUUCCAGGAAGACGUUUUGAGCCUCCACACUUCCUGACAUGGGCUCAUUUUAUCAUAUGUGUUCCGUGUCUUAGCUGCUUGCAGGUUGCGCUGGAAACACCAGCCUCAGUGAUGCCCGUCUGAUGUGGUAUUGAAGAGCAAGAGACGGAGGAACACAAGGAUGAGGUUGGAGCAGUCCUUGCCUCUGCUGGGACUCCUGCUGUGUGUGGCUGGCACCACAGCUCAGCAGGAUGAUACCAGAACAGAGGAGGGAUUCCUGGUGGAGAUUUCUGGAACCACAGUGACAAUCACAUGUCCCUUGACUGAAGGCAGCAUAACCUGGCAGUCAACUGGAGCAAAAGGAGUCAGCGACGCACAGAAGUACAUUAUAGAGAAUCACGACAGCUCUCCUGUCAGCGUGACUUGUUCAUCAGGUGCCAAGAAGUAUGAAAUGUACCUGAAUGCCAAAGUGUGCGCAAACUGUGCGGAGCUGGAUGCCUUGGCAGUGACAGGGAUCAUCAGUGCAGAUAUUCUCAUCACCUUCGGGGUGCUGACUCUGGUCUAUUACUUCAGCAAAGACAGGAAGGGGAGAGCGAGCACUAGUGCUGGCAGUCGGCCACGAGGUCAGAAGAUGCAGCGUCCUCCCCCUGUUCCAAACCCAGACUAUGAGCCCAUCCGGAAAGGCCAGCGGGAAGUGUAUGCAGGCCUGGAAUCCAGGGGCUUCUGAAAUUCCUACUGAUGCCAGGCUGGAAAACAGCAGCAAAGGGGCUAAGUGCUUCUGCCCAGCUCAGCAUUUUGGGAUAAGGCAGAUGCUACACAGCACAGGCAUCUGCUGCCAUCCGCUCUCCCACGCUGCUGCAUUCCUUCCACUUUUGUUUUGACAUCAGGGAAAACACACAGAUGAGCACAUUGGCAAGAUAAGUUUUGCUCCUCAUUAAAGGACUGCAGCCUCA